UGUAUUAAUGCAUUUCCCUUCAUAUUUAUCAGGAUGUUGUAAUUUUAAUAAGUCUUUUUAAUGUCCAAAUUUUAGCCUUAAAUUAUCUCCUCAUUUCACCAAUGAGGACUGUGUAACCUUCAAUGAGAUUCUGUAAAAUAUCUUACUAAACAAAGAUGGUUUUCGAAGUUUAUGGUCUCACGUUUGCCGGAAAACCUCUUUUUUCAAGUCGGAAGGAAUCAGAGGUUUCUUUGACAUUCUAUGGAACUAUCUCUGCUAUCGCUUCUAAAGUCUCAAGCUUACUCUCAGACUAUUCAGAACAAGAUUCUUUACGCUAUGUAACUGUUGGUAAAUUACACUUUACAUAUCUUGAGAGAGGCCCUUUGUGCUACUUCUCAAUAUCAGAUAACGGUUACUCACCUUUGAUGGUCUACAAGAUUCUGUGCGUUAUUCAUCUACAGGUUGUAUCGAUAUUGACGAGAGGAGUUGAACGCAUAUUGUUAAAAAGGCCAUCCUACGAUGUCCAGAAUUUACUAGGCGGAACCCAGAAUAUUAUUGACAAGUUGAUGGAUAACAUGAGUGGUUGCUUGGGACUAAUUGAAGGUUAUGCAUAUGAAGCACUUCCACUAUCACAAAUUACUCGGAACCUCUUAACUUCAUAUUUUACUAAAUUCAGAACCGAUAACAUAAUAUGUUGUUUUAUAGUAGUGUCAAACAGAGUAGCAAUGGUUACCAUGUCAAAGACUAUGACUUUAGUCCCAAUGGAUAUUUCUACCGUUAUCAAUACACUAAUCGCAUCGCAAUCGCUUCAACAGCAGGAAAGCUGGACACCUAUAUGUUUACCAUCAUUUAAUGACCAAGCAUUCACUUACGGAUAUGUGAAUUAUAUUGAGCCAGAAAUAGGCAUUGUUUGUAUAUCAACAUCGGGAGAGCAGGAGCAGUUUUAUAAUAUUUCUAGGCAUUUGGAGGAUUCAAAACGUCUAAUGACAGAGUCUAAAUGCCUAGACGACUUGAGAUCGUCACUACUUGCAACGCCUUUGGAGUUCCCCUCAGGGGGUGAUUUAUCAUGUGAAAUAUUACACCUGAUGUUUUAUUCCAAGAAAUUAGGCCAGUUCUUCUCCUCUUCAUUUAAGACCAGUUCCAUUGGAAAUAUGACUAGAUAUAUAAUCUCCUCAUACAGAUCAGUUGUUGAAUUUCUGUACAACUCAGACUACAGAAAGUCUGCACUAUUUUCAUACGAAUAUUUAAAUGUUUAUGUCGAGUACAGCAACGACUAUAAUAUAUACUUGGCCACGGUUCCGUGGACAGAGAUAACAACCGAGUUCAUAAACAAAAUCGUUUCAUAUGUUAACAAGCAUUUUAACUUUCUAUUUAUUACUAAAAUACCUCAGAUAUCCAAAAGGGACUAAUAUUUUAAUUAUUUUA